GUUAUAUACAUGAUGUUGCUGUGACAUGCUGAGAUAUUUGGAUUUAAAAUUGGUGUUUAUUUCAGAUUUGUAAGACAAACCCAAGUUUAAUUGAGUUGGACCAUGUUCCAGGAGACGUCCAAGGACCAAACUCUUCAGCUAUGCCUAAUUUGAGCCUGCCAAACAGGAAGAUGAGAUGUCAUAUGGAAAGUCCAAAACAUGCUAAGAAGUACUAUAUACUAGUUAUACAUGGUGCAGUUAAACCCAAAAGUAAAGAGCUCCAGAAAAGGAUAAAAGCAGCCCAUGGAAAAAUGCCUGAAGGGCAAAUUAUGUACGUCUGUGAGAUUUGCCAGCGUGUGAUGAAUGGAAGUGAAAACUACAAGGGUCACAUAACAUCAGGAAAACACCAAAGGGCAGUAACAUUCUACUUCUCUAAAGUUUCAUGUACUGACAGUCCUGCAGCCGUUUCUGAAGCAAAUCUUACUGGUAAUGAGACUAGCCCAUGGAAGGCUACAGGGAUAUUUGACAGGAAAAUCUCAUCAGCAUUGGGAGGGUCUGGUGCUCAUACUCAAUACAGUCAAAGCAUGUCAACUGGAAGUGUUCCAAGUUCAGAAAAUGCAGGUUAUAGUAUGAUACAGGGAGCAACAGCCACCCAACAUCCAAGUAUUGUACCACCUACUGGAGGUUAUGCUGCAAAACCAGUUUAUUCAUCACCGCAACUUGAAUGGCAAUACCAACAGCCUGGAAAACCAUCUCCAGAGCAAUAUAUACCUUUCCAACAGCAGCAACACUUUGUGCAGCAACAACAGUCACUUCAGUCACAGCAUCAUUUACAUCUCCUAGAACAGCAAGAGAAGUUUGAAGCAAGCAUUGCUCCACAUAAUUACCAGUACCCUAGUGCAGCCCUUCAUACCACUGCAGGUACUCAGAACCCCCAUGUUCAGACAAGGGAGAACUUUCCAGUGAGCUCGGCAACUACUGCAGCACCAAAAUCUUAUGAUACUGACAGGGCGCAGCAUGCCAAAGAGAGGAACAUGUUUGGAGGGUCAACAGAUGCAUUUGAUUCAGUAAGAAGUUAUGGACAAGAAGAAGAGAGAAAUUCCAGAGAGAGAGGUGAUUCUGCUGGCAGAGUUUGGAAUCCGGUCAGAGAUGAUGAUAAAGGUGGAGAAAGAAGUCAGGCUUAUGAGGGCAAGAUAGAUAGAGAUAGGCUGAAAGAUAGGCUGAAAGGGAGAAGGAAACAAAGAGCUAGCAAGGACAAGUGGAGUGAUGUUAGCGACCAUGAGGCACAAAAAGUGGAGUUCCCAAGGAGCAGAAGUCCUGAAGUGGAAAGGCAUGACCAAGGAUCUCCUAGGAAGAGAAGAAACCAUUCAUCGGAAUGGACAUCCCCUAGAACAGAGGACAAUUCUGAAUCUUUAUUUCGGAAAUGGUACAAAUGUCACUUUGAUACCAAUUUCUCCGGAAGCUUCAGUAGAUCCCAUGCUCUGUGGGGCAGUUUCCAAGAGUUUCACCAAGAGUACACAGUGUACAGAGCCAAAUACCCCCAAGUCGACUUUGAUAGUUACUGCAGAUUGUACAGUGAAGGGUAUUUUGACGAAUACUACAUUCAGUUGUAUAAUCUCAAGGGGAAAGCAUUUGAUAGAGUUACACCUGGGAACAACUCAAACACAACCCCUGCAAGUGACCGUGGAGCUGUUGGAGGUACGAGUGCUUUCCCAGCUUAUGAAGAAACCUUUGAAGAAUAUUGCCGCAAUUUCCCCGAUGUUACCUAUCUCACUUACCGUGAUCUCUACUUACGAAAACAUGAUGUCGAGCCACCUGAUGAAAGAAGCAGUGAAAAGGCUUGGGCAGAAAAACAGGCAGAAAGAGGAAAAUCACGUUUUAAAAUGUAUCCACAUUUUAAUGAAGACUAUCAAUCCUACAGCCAUGACUUUCCUGAAUUUAGUGAAAAGGUCUAUCAAAGCUUGUAUAUAGAAAGAUAUAAAGCAGACCCACCAAAAUCAACUGCCUACCCUCACAUCAAUGAAAACUACAUAAGCUUCAGGAAGGACCAUCCUAACAUUACCUUUGAUAAAUAUUGUUCAUUGUACAGAGAGAAACAUUCAAAAGAUCCCCCAGAAGAAAUAGACAGGCGUCAGAAAAAGAAAAAAACAGACGACCAUGAAAGUAGCAGAGACACCAACAGACCAAUUAUCGACUUUGCCUUCUAUCCUCUGUUCAGGGAGGCAUAUGAAGAUUACCUUGAACGCUUUCCAGGGACUGACUACACCACUUACUAUGAUCUGUAUCGUGAAGUACACCAUACUCAUUACAGGGACAGGCUGGAAGAAGAACCAGUAAGAGAGUUGAGGAAGCCAAAGCAUGUCUUUCCUGGUUACAAUGAAGAUUAUGUGACUUUUAGAAAGGAAUUUCCUGACAUGACCUUCGAUAAGUAUUGUUCAUUAUACAGGGAGAAGCAUUUGAAAGACCCCCCAGAAGUGAGAAGACGUCAGCAAAAAAGGGAAGCUUCAAGAGAUGAGGACUGGUACCCACUCUACAGAGAAACAUAUGAAGAUUAUCUUGAGCGUUUCCCAGGUACGGACUACGACAGUUACUACAAGCUGUAUCGUGAAGUACACCACACACGUUACAAGGAUAAACUUUUAACAGAAGAAGAUGGUAAAUCCUCAAAAAUGAUCUACCCUCGACUUAAUGAAGAUUAUUUCACCUUCAGUAAAGAAUUUCCAGAUAUCGCUUAUCAAGAGUACUUUUCCUUGUAUUGGAAAAAACACAAAAGGGAUCCCCCUGUUGAAAAGGUUAAAGCUAAAGAAGAAUCCAAGAUUAUCUACCCUCAAUUAAAUGAGGAUUUUUUUACAUUCAGAAAGGGAUUUCCAAAUAUCACAUAUGGAAAGUAUUGCUCCUUGUAUCGGGAGAGACACCAAAGGGAACCUCCCGAUGAAAAGAGAGGGAAUGAAAGAAAGGUGGGAAAAAAUGGAAGAGAUGAAGGGGGAAGAAUGGAAAGGAAGGCAAGUUUACCAGAACACUUGGUGGAAUCUGCUAGAGAAUCUAAUGUGAAGCAGGAAUCCUAUCCAUUGUAUAGAGAAACUUACAAUGACUAUUUGAUACGCUUUCCUGAUGCAACCUAUGAGGCCUACUAUGAUCUGUACAAAGAGGUGCAUCAGACUAGAUACAAAGACCUUGUAGCAAAGGAUCUAAGCAAGAAGGCAAUCACUCCUGGGAGCUAUGCGGGCAUUAUUGAACCAGUGCCAUCUUUAUUAAGUCUUCCAGAGGUUGGGAAACAUGAAAGACAUGAAGGGGAAAGAAUUGAAAGCAAGGCAGCCUUAUUAACAGAAGACAUGGUAGAAUCUACUGGAAAAUAUAUUAGGAAGUGGGACUCCUAUCCAUUGUAUAGAGAAACGUACGAUGACUACUUGGACCGUUUUCCUGGUGCUGCCUAUGAGACUUACCAUGACUUAUACCAAGAAGUACAUCGGACACGAUACAAAGAGCUUGUAGCAAGGGAUCUUGAGAAAAAGCCAGUAUCCAUUGGGGGCUAUUCGGGAAUUAUUACACCAGUGCCAUCUUUGUUGGAUCUUCCAGAGGUUGGGAAACAUAUGAGAGAUGAAGGGGGAAGAUUUGAAAGGGAGAAAGGUUUACCAGAAGACAUUGUAAAAUAUACUAGAGAAUCUGCUCUAAAACAUGAUUCCUAUCCAUUGUAUAGAGAAACUUACAAUGACUAUUUGGUUCGUUUUCCUGAUGCAACCUUUGAGGCCUACUGUGACUUAUAUCAAGAAGUGCACCGCACACGAUACAAAGAGCUUGUAGCACAGGAUCUUGGCAAGAAGGCAGUCAACCUUGGGAGCUGCUCAGGAAUUGAACCAGUACCAUCUCUAUUAGGUCUUCGAGAGGUUGGGAAACAUGAAAGAGAUGAAAGAGAAAGAUUUGAAAGGAAUACAUUAUUACCAGAAGACUUGGUAGAAUCUACUAGAAAAUCUAAUGUGAAGCAGGAUUCUUAUCCAUUGUAUAGAGAAACUUACAAUGACUACUUGGUUCGCUUUCCUGGUGUGGCCUAUGAGACCUACCAUGACUUAUACAAGGAGGUGCAUCAGACUAGAUACAAAGAGCUUGUAGCACGGGAUCUGCAUAAGAAGCCAGUAUCCACUGGAGCCUAUUCACGAAGUAUUGCCCCAGUGCCAUCCUUAUUAGCACUCCCCGUUGCCAGGAAACAUGAAAUAGAUGAUGACCUCGGCACAAAUUCAAACAGAAUGAUAUACCUCGAGCCAAAUAGAGGUAAUCAAUCAUUGGUAAUAGGUUCCAAGAGGAGGAGAGACAUGGCGGCAGGUGAUAUACAUGAUAGAGUUGACCACCCAUUUGGUAACCAAAAUGAAUUUGUCAAUACUUUUGAAAACAUGGAUGGAAUAAUGAACACAGUCAACCUUGAGCUAGUUCAGCAAUUUCUAAGGCAGUCGGGGAUGGCAGGCUUUCAGCAGCUUCUUGGUGCUACACUUAGUGGGGAAAGCCAGCUAACCACUUUCAUGGAUCAGGCCAGGGCCCUGGUUCAGGCCGAGGCCAGGAGUGAAUUGGACAAUGCAAUACAGCAACUUAUGCAAUUGCCAGGAGGGGACACUUGCAUUGCACUUAUCCAAGCUUUGGCUAAUGCUGGACCAAAGAUUAUUGAGGGUGUAGCCAGUUGUGACCCCCGAGCCAUUGGAGCACUGUUGUCACAGCUUGAUCCUGAAUUAUUGCAUAAACUGGCUACACUCAGUUGACCUGGAGUGCCUUCCACUGAGCAGGACACCUUGAAUCGCAACCCUACACAGAGAGGUAAUAGGAGACAAGAUUGAUUGUAAGGUUAAAUAAUUAAAUGGUAAAUUAUAUUUAUUGUGUAUGCAAAGUAAACUGCCUAUGAAUAUCAGUUGAGAGCAGUUGCGUAUGUCUACCAUUUUGCAAGUAUGAAAGGCUCGUAUUUGUGUAUAAAAAUAGUAGACAUUGUUUAUACACAUAUCUAAAGUAUAAGAUAAUGUUUAAACAUAUGUUGUUAUAUACAGAUAAACAGUCAGUUCUUCAGUCAUCUUUGGUCUAUGAAAAUCCUCCUUCACUGAAGUAUUUUAAAAGCUAGCAUAUUACAUGUAGAACCCAAUUAAUUAUAUCAAGCAUUAAAAAACUUUUUUAACAGAAACUAAUUUUAAAAAACUUAUCACUCGUGAAAUAUUUUGAUAUAUUGUUGGUCAUAUUCAUUGGUCUGAGUGACACAGGUAGCGUUUUGUCUCUAGUCAAGAGUAAUUGCAAGUGAACCACUUGAUUUAAUAUAUCUCCACAGAGUUGUGUCAAUCCAUCUAGACUGAUCAUGUGUCUUUGGGAAUUGGGCCUUAGGAGACUACAGCAUUAAUGCCUAUAAUUUUUUUCUUCUCUAAAUUAACAAUAGAGGAAAUUUAAAUUGCAGCCUAUAAGUCAUAAUACUUGGCCACUCUUUCAAUUUAAGACAUGCAACUUUACAACAGGGAUGUGUUAAUCCUUGUUGUAAUGAGUUAGUGCGAUAAUUCCUUUUUCUGUCAUGAAGCAUAAAAUUUGAAUUUUCUUACUCUUAUGUGAAAAGUCCUGUUUAAUGGAAACUGAGUGGGAAUGGAUGACAUCAGUGAAAUUAUUGGCUCUUUGAAAGAUGGAAACAGUAAUUUGAAACAACAUGAAAAAUGUGUAUUUUGUAUGUGUAUUAUUUAUACAAACUUUAGUUCCUUCAAUUUCUUACGGUCACUAUGAUAAAGGAUGGUCAUCAUCAUUGGCUGUAUAAUACUAUGUCCUACAGAACUUAAAUGAUUUGGUGAGGCUAAAUCAAAAACCAUUGUUCAGUUCUUGAUUAUUCUUUUUUUGGGAUAGCUAUAUUGCCGAAGUUGGAUUUCCAUGUGUUGACAGUAGUGUUUAUAACUUUUGUGCAUAUAUAUAUAUCAAUAACUGAAUAA